AUGGUGGAGAAUCACUGCCUCUCUCUGGAUUUUUCUCUUCUUCCUCCCUCCUCUCCUUCCUUCGUGCUGCUGUUGUUCUUGUUGAUUCAUUUCCCGGGUUUUGUUCUCUUUGGCAGACCAACGAAGCAGUAAACCCUAAAGCGUACCCCCUGGCGGAUGCGCAGCUCACAAUCACCAUACUGGACCUCGUCCAGCAGGCCGCCAACUACAAGCAGCUCAAGAAGGGCGCCAACGAAGGUUUUGUUCUGUCUCUUCCGCCGAUUCUGUUUCUUCUGGGGUCUCCCCUUUGGACGAGUCUGCGAGAUCUGGUUUUUAGUUGUGUAGGAGGGGAUCUGGUGUGUUAUGGUGUUUGUAAUUAGCUCUCUGCGUCCCUUUUUUUGGCCAGCGACGAAGACUCUGAACAGGGGUAUUUCGGAGUUCGUAGUGAUGGCGGCGGAUACAGAACCUCUUGAGAUCCUCCUUCAUCUUCCCUUGCUCGCCGAGGACAAGGUAAUCUUCUCCUUUAAAAAAAUGAAGAAUGUUGAUCUGAAGAUUAUUCUACGCGUGAUUCUAUUCAUCCAGUUUUUUUUUUCUCUCAUAUUUUUUCGCGGACUUUGUAAUUAUUAAAAAAUGGAGGUAAUAAUCGAAUCCAUUCUUUUAAUUCUUCUUCGGAACUAUUUCUGGCACCGCUCCACUUUUUUCAUGAUGAUAUCCAUUUUUCAUGAAUCCGUCUGCCUGUAAUUACACUAUAGCUUUAUUGCUCUUCACAGGAUUAGAUUCUUCGUUUUUUUCUUCGUAUCAACAGAGUUUCGAUCAGAGAGUUCGUUCUCAUGAUCGUACCAAUGUCCUUGCAGCAUUUGAGCUGCUCUAGAUCAUUUCCUCUGUCCAACGUCCAUGCCUACGCCCAUGGUCAGCAUUCAGGCGUGGGCUGGUGUUCUAGGGGAUGCAAUAGCUUCAGAAUCUCUCUGCUGAUCAUGUUCAUCCCUGGGACUCUUAACGUAUAUACACCAUUGACGAUGUUCUUUCUCCCAUAAUAUCGAUAUCCUAGAUAGAAGUCUAAUAGUUAGAGAGAAGAAGAAUGAAAAGAUUAGAACAGGUGGUCUCAAAGAUUCCCGACAUAUUAUCUGUACUUCUAUCAAAGAUUUCUUGAAAAACAGUUAUUGCUGUUCAUCUAGGAGAAUGCUCCGGCUUCUGGUCAGACCCGUGAAAUGAGGGGACCUUUUUGUGAUUCUUGUUGAGUCAAUGCUAGUUUUUUGCAUAUCCAUUGCCCUAUGUCAUUGUUCAACUCCAAGCAAGCUCUUGGCCUGGAGUUAUUUGCACGCCGCCUAGAAGCUAACCUCCCUCCUCCCUCCCUCUCUCUCUCUCUCUCUCUCUCUCUCUCUCUCCGUCUCUCUAGAAUACACCUGAUCUUUUUGGGUCAAGAACUCUUUCUAUGUAUAUAAACAAUGUACGCUAUGCCUUUUUACCUUCCCAAAUAAACUCAGGACCGAGGACUACAUGAAUGCACAGAAGCUGAUAUCUCUCUCUGUUUCUCUCUCUAGAAUGUACCGUAUGUCUUUGUGCCUUCCAAGCAAGCCCUUGGCCGAGCAUGCGGGGUCACCAGGCCGGUGAUUGCCUGCUCCGUGACCAGCAACGAAGGUAGCCAGUUGAAAUCCCAAAUACAGCAGCUCAAGGUAAAGAUCCUCUGCAAUCUUCGCCAUCUCCUUUUUCUUGUUUUAAACCUCAAUCUCAGCUCCAACCGAAACCUCUCUCAUCCAUGGUCAGGAUGCCAUCGAGAAGCUCCUGAUCUAG